CUUACCCCCCCCUCCCUGUCCGGUCCGGGUUCGCUUGCCUCGUCAGCGUCCGCGUUUUCCCCGGCCCCCCCCAACCCCCCCGGGCAGGACCCCCUUGAGCUCGCCCCUCAGCUGCCACCAUGAGCGACCAAGAUCACUCCAUGGAUGAAGUGGCAGCCGUGGUGAAGAUUGAAAAAGGUGUUGGUGGCAAUAGUGGGGGUAACGGUAAUGGUGGUGGUGCCGCCUUUCCCCAGACUCGAAGCAGCAGCACAGGCAGCAGCAGCAGCAGUGGUGGCGGAGGAGGGCAGGAAUCCCAGCCGUCUCCUUUGGCUCUGCUGGCAGCAACCUGCAGCAGAAUUGAGUCACCCAAUGAGAACAGCAACAACUCCCAGGGUCCGAGUCAGUCGGGGGGCACAGGUGAACUUGACCUCACAGCCACACAACUUUCACAGGGUGCCAAUGGCUGGCAGAUCAUCUCUUCCUCCUCUGGGGCUACCCCUACCUCAAAGGAACAGAGUGGCAACAGUACCAACGGCAGCAAUGGCAGCGAGUCUUCCAAGAAUCGCACAGUCUCUGGUGGGCAGUAUGUUGUGGCUGCUACACCCAACCUACAGAACCAGCAAGUUCUGACAGGCCUGCCUGGAGUGAUGCCUAAUAUUCAGUAUCAAGUAAUCCCACAGUUCCAGACUGUUGACGGGCAGCAGCUUCAGUUUGCUGCCACUGGGGCCCAAGUGCAGCAGGAUGGCUCUGGUCAGAUACAGAUCAUACCGGGCGCAAACCAGCAGAUCAUCACAAACAGAGGAAGUGGGGGCAACAUCAUCGCUGCUAUGCCAAACCUGCUCCAGCAGGCUGUGCCCCUCCAGGGCCUUGCUAACAACGUGCUCUCAGGACAGACGCAGUACGUGACCAACGUCCCAGUGGCCCUGAAUGGGAACAUCACCUUGCUGCCCGUCAACAGCGUGUCUGCAGCUGCCUUGACUCCUAGCUCUCAGGCAGCCACCAUCAGCAGCUCUGGAUCCCAGGAGAGCGGCUCACAGCCUGUCACCUCAGGGACUGCCAUCAGUUCUGCCAGUUUGGUGUCCUCACAAGCUAGUUCCAGCUCCUUCUUCACCAAUGCCAGUAGCUACUCAACAACUACUACCACCAGCAACAUGGGGAUCAUGAACUUCACCACCAGCGGGCCGUCAGGGACCAGCUCUCAAGGCCAGACAGCCCAGAGGGCUGGUGGGCUGCAGGGCUCUGAGUCUCUGAGCCUCCAGCAGAACCAGACCUCGGGAGGCUCACUGCCAGGAAGUCAGCAGAAAGAGGGAGAGCAAAGUCAGCAGGCACAGCAGCAGCAGCAGAUUCUUAUUCAGCCUCAGCUAGUUCAGGGGGGACAGGCCCUCCAGGCUCUCCAGUCACCAUUGUCAGGGCAGACCUUCACAACUCAAGCUAUUUCCCAGGAAACCCUGCAGAACCUCCAGCUGCAGGCUGUUCAAAACUCUGGCCCCAUCAUCAUCCGGACACCAACAAUGGGGCCCAAUGGACAGGUCAGUUGGCAGACCCUGCAGCUGCAGAAUCUUCAAGUUCAGAACCCACAGGCUCAGACAAUCACCUUGGCCCCUAUGCAGGGCGUUUCCUUGGGGCAGACGAGCAGCAGCAAUACCACCCUUACACCCAUUGCCUCAGCUGCCUCCAUCCCUGCUGGCACAGUCACGGUGAACGCCGCUCAGCUCUCCUCCAUGCCGGGCCUGCAGACCAUCAACCUCAGUGCAUUGGGAACUUCAGGGAUCCAGGUACACCAGCUCCCAGGCCUGCCUCUGGCUAUAGCAAACACCCCAGGUGAUCAUGGAGCUCAGCUUGGCCUUCAUGGAUCUGGUGGUGAUGGGGUCCACGAUGAGACAGCUGGUGGAGAAGGAGAAAACAGCCCUGACCCGCAGCCCCAAGCUGGGCGGAGGACUCGACGGGAAGCAUGCACAUGCCCCUACUGUAAAGACAGCGAAGGAAGAGGUUCUGGAGAUCCUGGCAAAAAGAAACAGCACAUUUGUCAUAUUCAAGGAUGUGGCAAAGUAUAUGGCAAGACCUCGCAUCUCCGGGCACACUUGCGCUGGCAUACUGGAGAGAGGCCAUUCAUGUGUAACUGGACAUACUGUGGGAAGCGCUUCACACGAUCGGAUGAGCUUCAGAGACAUAAACGCACACACACAGGAGAGAAGAAAUUUGCCUGCCCUGAGUGCCCUAAGCGUUUCAUGAGGAGUGACCACCUGUCAAAGCACAUCAAGACUCACCAGAACAAAAAGGGAGCCCCAGGAGUAGCCCUGAGUGUGGGCACUCUGCCCCUGGACAGUGGGGCAGGUUCAGAAGGCAGUGGCACCGCCACUCCAUCAGCCCUUAUUACCACCAACAUGGUAGCCAUGGAGGCCAUCUGUCCAGAGGGUAUUGCCCGUCUUGCCAACAGUGGCAUCAACGUCAUGCAGGUGACAGAGCUACAGUCCAUUAAUAUCAGUGGCAAUGGUUUCUGAGAUUAGAUACCCAGGGCCAGAGACAUAUGGGCCAACACCCACCAAGCCUGGGGUGCAAGGUAGCAUGGGUCCAAGAGACACGUGGAAGAGAGAGCCGUGAGGCAUUACUAUGCUUGGUGGUGGGAUGAAUUGGGGGGGUACAAGAGAAGAGAUGGGAUUGUGGCACCCAUAUAUGUCACUGGUGACUCCUUGAAAAUGGAAAAUAGUGAAAAUUCUGUUGGUGCCACCCUUUGAUAAGCAUUUAUUCCAUCCCUGAUUCUUCUUACACUUCUUGCCCCGGCCUCCUUCCUGUGUUUUCCCUCUGCGCUCUCCCAUGGUGGAUCUCCCCGCCCCCUUCCUAAAGCCAUCAUGCCUUGAUAAAUAUAUAGAUCAUUGAAAUACUUUUUAACAAAAACAGAUUCUAUAUUAUAUAUAUAUAUAUAAAUAUAUAGAGAUGCUUUCACAGGGGCUGGCUGGGAGGAGGAAAAAGACCAUUCUGUGACCAAAAUACCUUGGUCAUUUUUUUUAAUUGCCUUAUUUCUCAAUGGCUGAGCCUUAUCAUGACACAUCAAGCUUUUCUAUAAAUGUUGUCCUGGCAUCCCACCAGAGUAAGCAUUCAUACUCUCUGCUUUUAGUUCAUAUAUACAUAUAUAAUGUGUCUUAUUUCUUAGUUUUGUCAUUUUACUUGGGAUUAGCUCCUUGCGCUUCUUUUGUGACUCAGUCCUUUUUGUCUCCCCUUUCCUCACAUGAUCACUUGCUGUGUUGUUUUUGACAGUGACCCCUGGGUUAGGCACGUCCAUCAAUAUUUUAAAGACUGAUUACAGCAGCAGAGUGGAAAAGCCUUGAAGUGCAGUCUGAUGCUUGCAGUGGCAGUGGAGGGAGUGUUCAGAAUACUGCUGACGCAGGCACCUCUCCGUGCUGCAGAGUCGGAACCACCUCCCUUGUUAGCUGCUCUGAACAUCAGAAACCAGAAGUCUUUCUGUGGAAUUGUGUAAAAGGCCCAUGGAGGGAAGUAAUCUGUGGAAGCUGUCAAAAAAUGGUCACAUGGCAGGCAGCCGUUUACAGUAGGAAAAAGAUGUUCUCAGAAAAGGAAAUAACUCAUAGUCUCGGGUUCAAAAGUUAGUGGAAUUAUUUGGAUUUCAGUGUCAUUGUCUUCCAAAUAGCUCUAAGCCUUAAUGGUUGGGCUUCUGAGUUCUCAGUUCCUCCUUUGAACAUGUCUGUAGUUCCUUCCUCCUCGUGCUAAGGAGCAUCAGCCAGUGACUCUGAUCCGACUGCCCAUUCUGUAGAACGCAAGGCUUGUGCCCGUGGCAGAGUGCUUCUUUAAAAGGUGUCUCCCUCAGCUCUUCCUUGUAUGUACUUGGGUGGUUCCUAAGGGAAAGGGAAGCACACAAUCAUGGGAACGGUAGCCCAGAACAAAAUGAAAUCUUGUCUUACCACUGUGGAUUGUAGGAGAGAUUGGGGCAAAGACCCUGCUUUCUCCAUGGCUGAUUCCAGAAGAGACUGGUCCAAACAUUAUCGGCAGGGAGACUCAGCACAUGUGAUGCUGAGACAAGCACAGCAGAAUUGUCCUCAAGGCCCGGCCAUGAAAGCAUUGUCUCUCUUGACCUUCUGGUGUCUUGUCAGAGAGCUCUUCACUGUGAGGAAGUGUGGGAGUGGUUGUGCAUGUGUGAAAGCUAUUAGGUUGGGGAUAGGUUUUCUGUUAGCCAAUAUUUAAAGAGACCUGCAAUAAAAAAUUCCCCCGAUCUGAUAGAGAAACUGAACUGCUUGUAUAUGACUGUGUGUGUGGACGUGUGUCUGUCCUGUGCCUAUCUACAUGCAGAUGAGAACUUAUAUUUGAAAUUGUUGGAAAUGAAUUCAGAUCAAAAUGCCGUGCAGGUCCAUUAUCUAGAAAUCGGUCCUGGCCCCUGGGCGUGCUCCUGAGGCCAGUUCUCACAGCUCUGCAUGGUUUGGGUAUCCUAGUGCACUUUCUGAAGAAGAGACUAUUUUUGUGUUUGAAAAUGAAAUCAACAUCCAAAUCUAUAGUGGAGUCCUUGUUCUAAACUCUUUAUCUUGGCUACAAAUAGAUUAUACUAUUACUAUACAUUUUAUGUAAAUUCCAUCUAAACUAGUUCUUGGUAAGUUUGUGGUGGUGUUAGCCUGAAAUACAAUAGCUGUUAAUCUUGUAACAUUGGUCUAUUCCAUUUGGUCCUUUCUGUUCAGACUUGAUAAUACUGUUAUUAAGACUCAGGAAAUAUUUCGAGGGACUUUCUCCAAAUUACAGAUUAUUAAUGUUGAAGUAAAAGUUAUCCAUCCUCAGCCACCGUCAUGCCUCUUACUCCUAAAGAAAAGCAGAACCUAACCCUUGCUCUUCAUAUCUAUGUGAUCGUGGACCUUGACAUCUCCGGAGGAAGGGGAGGCCAGCUCACUGGAGUGUGCAGUGCUUGCUAGAUAUUUCAGGGAUAGAAUCUCCAGUAUGAGGGAUCAAGUAGAAGCUGCCGUAGUGAUGCCAAGGGCUGUAAGCCUUCAGACAAGCCAUUUGAUAAUGUGCUCUCUCCAGUGUGUGAGAAGUUGCCUCAUUCACAUCAGCAUCAGCUGAUUCACACAGAGUCUCUCUGCUUUUUUAUUUCCUUCCCCAGUGUCUUAUUUGACCCUAAAAUAGAAGCAGUUUCUGCUUUUGUCUCCCUGUUUAUGAGCCGCUCAGCCCUUUUCACAGUAAAGAGACUACAUUCCUCAAGUUGGGGUCUCACUAUUGAAAAUUAACCUCCCUCCAACUUUUGGCCAUCAGAAUUUAACAUAAUUGGCAUGCAUACUGAUUCUGAAAUUCUUUUCAUUAUCUUUUUGUUAUUUGGUUUGCGAU